AUGUCACCAUCACAAAGACCGGAACCCAUUUCCUCAUAUUUCCCGCUCAAAAAGCCCAUCAUCCUCGACGGCGCACUAGCAACCUACCUCGAAACCCUCGGCGCCGACAUCUCCGGCUCCCUCUGGUCAGCCGACAUCCUCACCAAAGACCCCUCUGUAAUCAAACAAGCACACCUGGACUACUUCCGCGCGGGAGCAAACGUCGCCAUCACCGCAAGCUACCAAGCAAGUAUCCCAGGCCUAGUCCAACACCUCCAGAUCAGCGAAGAAGAAGCCCGCGGACUAGUAGCCAGGAGCGUCGAGCUCGCCAUCUCAGCGCGCGAUGAAGUCUUGCAGGAACGCGAGGACGAAAAGACGCGCGAACCGCUGUGGAUAGCAGGAAGCGUGGGCCCCUACGGCGCUUUCCUCGCAGACGGAAGUGAAUACCGCGGCGACUACACUGUUAGCAAAGAAGCCAUGAAGGAAUUCCACCGCGGCCGCAUCGCUGCCCUCAUCGCAGCCGGCGUCGAUAUUCUCGCCUGCGAGACCAUCCCGCAGAAAGGCGAGGUUGAGGCGCUGGCUGAACUUCUGGUCACUGAGUUUCCGCGCACAGAAGCGUGGUUCUCCUUCACACUGCGCGAUAGUACGCAUAUCGCCGAUGGCACACCAUUAGCCGAUAUCGUCGACAUCCUGCAGGAUGUAAAGCAAGUCGUCGCGCUAGGAUUUAACUGCGUGGCCGAUGGUGUGGGGCUCGAUGCGCUGAGGGUGUUGAAGGGGCUGUGGACGCGGGGCCCGCUGGUUAUGUAUCCUAAUUCUGGGGAGAUGUGGAAUGCGGGGACGAGGGGGUGGGAGGGGGUGCGGACCGAGGGCGAGGGGUUGAGGGGGAAGACUGUGCUUUGGUGGGAGGCGGGCGCGGGGCUUAUUGGGGGGUGUUGUAGGACUACGCCGGUGGAUAUUGGGGUUAUGAGGGGUGCGGUGGGGAGGUAG